UUUAUUGCUACUAUUAUUUAUUAGCUGUCAAUACCAAUACUCCCAACCUCUUCAUCUUCUUCUCCGAUUUCCCAGCAAAACUUUGAACUUCCCAAAAUACAAAAAAUUCCAAAUUCAACGCUUCAUCAAUUCUUCAUUAUACCGAAAUCCAAUCCUUUAUUUUUGGCAAAGUAAUAUUAUGACAACGGUUAUAAUUUUUUACACAUUAAAUUGCUGCAAAAAUUGUUCAUCGUCAUCAUCAAUCAAAAAUUAUUCAAUUUCGAUAUACUUAGUAUUGGUUAUUUCCGAUGUGUUUCGCGGCGUGAACGGCUUGCUAUCAGUACUUGAAGGCCGAUUAAACACAGGUUAUCGAUCAAUUGAAUUGGGUAUUGUUGAGUUGUGGAAAUUUGAGAUUGCUUGCAAUAACAUAUGGUCAAUUCGAAUUCGACAAAUUUUCUUCUACAAUCUAUAUUCUACAAUUCUACAGGUGCUAUUGUUCUUAAUCUUGCUCUUGAUUUUAUUUCAUAUACAAGUAUAAUAUGUUGCCUAAAAAACAUUUAUCUGGUAGUCAAAAACGAAAAAAGAGAAAACAUAAUGAGGAAAUAGCAAGAUCUCAACGUGGAGCUCUUGAUAAAUAUGUUUUUAAAACUGUAUCUCAGUCUAAUAAUGACAAUAUUGAUGAGACUAAUGACAAUAUUAAUCAAACGACUGAUAAUAUUGAUCAGCCAAAUGACAAUAUUGAUCAAUCAAAUGAAAAUAUUGAUCAUGAGAUUGAUGAGAAAGAUGACUUUGAUGGGGUUAAUGAUGAUAAUAUUGGUCAGACUAAUGACAACAUUGAUCAAACAACUGUUAAUGAUGAGACAAAUAAUAUUGAUCAGCCAAAUCUUGGUGUUGGUAUAGAAGAAGAAAUCCCUUACUUUGAUAUUCAUGAUCCAAGAAAUUGGGAUAAUCUUGAUAACAAAUCAAAGGAUAUUUUAGUCGAAAAGGGACCACCUAUUAGAGAAGAAAAUCUUGAUUUUCCUUUGGACAAAAAUUUUCGGCAUUUUUCAUAUUCUUAUUAUUCCAGGAAAUUAAACAAUGGUGAGUUUACUGAUCGAAAAUGGUUAGUUUAUUGUAAAGCUAAUGAUAAAGUAUAUUGUUUUUGUUGUAAGCUGUUUAAAUCUUCUGGUAACAUAAGUUUGCUAGCAAAUGAUGGUUUAAGUGAUUGGAAACAUGUAAGUCAAAGACUCAAGCAACAUGAAAAUAGUAUUGAGCAUAUGACUAAUAUGAAUACUUGGAAUGAAUUGAGAAUAAGAUUGGAUAAAAAUGAAACAAUUGAUAAGAACUUGCAAGAACAAAUUACAAAAGAAAAGGAGCGUUGGAGACAAGUUCUACGCAGAAUAUUUUCGGUUGUGAAAUGUCUUGCUAAGAAAAAUCUUGCAUUUAGAGGUACAAAUGAAAAAUUAUAUCAAGAUAGCAAUGGCAAUUUCCUUGGAUUGAUUGAAAUGAUUGCGGAAUUUGAUUUAAUAAUGCAAGAUCAUGUGAGACGCAUUCAAGAUCGAGAAAUUCAUUGUCAUUAUCUUGGACAUAAAAUUCAAAACGAAUUUAUUUCUCUUUUGUCUCAAAGUGUCAAAAAGUCUAUUAUUAAUAUCAUCAAGGAGGCAAAAUACUAUUCUAUAAUUCUUGAUUGUACUCCUGAUGUGAGCCAUCAAGAACAAAUGACUCUUAUAAUUCGAUGCGUAAAUAUGUCAAACAAUAAAAUAAAAAUUGAAGAGUUUUUUUUGGAAUUUUUGAAAGUCGAUGACACAUCAGGGUUGGGACUAUUUAAUGAACUGCUAGAUGUGUUAAAUGCCCUUGAUCUUAAUGUCGAUAAUGUUAGGGGGCAAGGAUAUGAUAAUGGUUCCAACAUGAAAGGCAAACAUCAAGGUGUUCAAAAGAGGUUUCUUGAAAUUAAUCCUAGAGCAUUAUACAUGCCCUGUGCUUGUCAUAGUCUUAAUUUAACUCUUGGUGAUAUGGCUCAUUCUUGUGUUAAGGCUAUUUCCUUUUUUGGAGUUAUACAACGCUUAUAUUCACUCUUUUCGGGAUCUACAAAAAGAUGGAAAAUUCUACUUGAUAAUGUUCCCGGUUUAACAAUGAAAUAUUUGUCUAAUACUCGUUGGGAAAGUCGAAUUAAAAGUGUCAAAGCUAUUAGAUUUCAAUGUCCUCAAAUAAGAUUGGCAUUGUCGGAAUUAUAUGAUUCUUGUGAUAAUGAUGCAAAGACAAAAAGCGAGGCAGAAAGUUUAUAUAAUGCACUUGGAAGCUUUGAGUUUUUGCUUGGUAUGGUUAUUUGGUAUGAUAUUUUGUUUGCUAUAAAUAUGGUUAGCAAAAAAUUGCAAUCUAAGUAUAUGUGCAUUGAUGAUACAAUAAAACAUUUAGAAAAUGUUGUUUCUUUUUUUGAAAAAUACAGAGAAGAAAGUUUUACAAAAAGUAUUGUUCUUGCAAAAAGUGUUGCACUUGAAAUGGAUGUUGAACCCAUUUUUCCAACAAAGCGUAGAAUGAUAAGAAAAAAGCAAUUUGGAGAGAACAAUGAGGAUCAAGAUGAAAAUAUGUCACCUGAAGAAUCAUUUCGAGUCCAUUAUUUUCUUGUUGUUGUUGAUAUGGCAAUUACAUCUUUGAAAAACAGAUUUGAGGAAAUGGGUUCAUUUGAAAAUAUUUUUGGUUUCUUAUAUGAUUCAAGAAAGUUAAAGUCUUUAGAUGAUAAUGAGUUAAGAGAAUGUUGUCUUAAAUUUCACAAUACCUUUUCUCAUGGCAAUUUGUCGGAUGUUGAUGUAGAUGAUUUAUUCUCUGAACUAAAGGUGUUACAAUUCACUUUGCCAAAUGAAUUAAUGUCUGCCAUUGAUAUUCUCAAAUUUGUUAAACGUGCAGAUUGUUAUCCAAAUGUAUCCAUUGCAUAUCGAGUUCUAUUAACGGUACCUGUGACCGUAGCAAGUGCAGAAAGAAGUUUUUCAAAAUUGAAGUUGAUCAAAACCUACUUGAGGUCAUCAAUGUCACAGGAAAGGUUGAAUGGUUUGGCAACAUUAUCGAUCGAGAAGGAUAUGCUUGAAAACAUUGAUGUUGAUUUAAUUAUAAAUGAUUUUGCAUCACAAAAUGCUAGAAGAAAUCGCUUGUUAUGAUUUUUUUAGGAGGAAAAUAAAUUUUGAUAUCAUGCAAACUUAUUAUCGUGUAUUGAGACUUAUGUUUUAAAUAAAAAUAUGUUAUUUUCUUUGUCUUUUA